AUGGCGUCAUUCAAGGAAGCGAAAUCGUUUGAGACAGCCAGAUCGUCUCUGAUGCAAUUCGUCAGCUUCUUUGUGGAUCCCGUUUGGCUGUCCAUCGACGUGUACUAUGGUUACAAUGUCCCCGAGUUACAAUCGCCGAUUGUGCUGAUGGACUAUGACACCAAAAUCGAGUUGCUGGAGAAAAUAUCUGAGCUGAAAUAUGUCGGUAGCAUUUCCGAUAAAUUUGGCGAAGCUCUAGAAAGAGCUCAAACGAGAGCCUAUAGCGGGCAGGACGUCAUUAUUUUAACGGCAGUUCAAACAUUUUCGAGUCUGAGUACUUGGGUCAAGUCGUACCAAGAAAACAAAGUCAACGCCCAUCUCGUUCAUUUUGGAGUGUCGACGACCAAGUUGGAUAUCGCCCAGCUGACUCGUUACGGCAGUUCGAAUUUCGUGCCGAAUGUCAUCAACAACCGCGCAAUGAGCGCCUACUCAUGGCCAUUGGGCGGUCAAUACCCUUCAAUUUUUGAGCAGUCCAUUAUUCAGAAUUCGUCCUCCGACGUCAACAAGACGGGUACUUUUUACCUGGACAGCCCAGCGUCCAGGUUGCUGGUUUCCCUCUACUACGACGACGAAAACGAAGCCAUCAACGUCAGAUCGUUCACCCUCACUCAACCGAACGGACUGCGAAACGACACAACUGACUUAGCCAUUAUUAAAAAAGAUUUCCUUACAUUUACCUUGGAAUCUGCGCUUGAACCACUUCCUCAGGGUCUUUGGCGAUUUGAAAUCAUUUUUCAAAGAAGUUCCAGUCUGACGGAUAAACGACUGGGCAUCUGGGCUGAGUCUGCCAAUUCGUCUCAAAUCCAGCUGAAGACCUGGAACAGCGCCCUGGAUAACCAACAGCCGUUAGAUUUCACUAAAGCGCCGGUCGGCCUCUACGCCCAGCUGACGCAGAACAACAAGCCAAUUCGAGGAGCCAAUGUCACGGCCUUCGUCUACGUCAGCGACAGUGGUGGAUCGACUUCCAGUUUGCUGGCCGAAAUCCCUUUGAUGGACGAAGGCAUUUCAGAUGUGACUUCCGGUGACGGAAUCUAUUCCGGUUUCAUGAUCAAGCCGUCAAAUUCGUCUUUCUCCUAUUCCGUCUACUAUCGGGCGUACGGCGUCAACAGCCUGGCCGAAGUCGACAAUGGAGUGUACAGCCGACAACCGACGACCGGAAGCGUUAUCCCGAUGUCGGAUCCUGUUCCGGCCGCCAUCCAAUUCAACCGUUUCGAAUACGGACCGACACCAAUGGGGACGCAUUCGACUGGACCUUGACUCUUAUACGAACGUCCCAAAUUCACACAGCGUCAUAAAUCAAUCCACCAGCUAAAAUGUGAACUUGGUCACGCGGAUUGAACGAGACGGAACGUAGUUGACUCAUGCUGCGUAAAAUUAUUUCUGGUUCCACAGCUCUUUCUAUUCAAUAUUCAUGGAAGGAAUUGUUGCUUGCAAAGUUAUACUGCUGAAUAAAGAGACAUAUCAUUCUCAUAUCGGCAAAUGUCAA